AUGUCCUUCUCUGGACGUCGUGUGAGCAUUCUGCGUCCCUCCAACCGGCGUUUCUCUGCCGGCAAGGAACUGUCGGAGAAUGAACUCCGAUCGGAAACGCAUCGUCAAUUCCGAACCGCCCAUGAAGGUCACCGUCCGCAUGCCGGUCUCGAUGCCUCGCGUGCCUCAACCGGUGUGGUGUGGUGUACCGAACGUGCAACGGAGCAUGGCUACGCCGAGGAUCCCUCGUCCUGGGCCAACCUAGGUCAGGGUGCCCCCGAGGCCGACGACGAGAUCGAGGGCAGUUUUCCCCGGCCCACCUCCAUCCCUAUCACCUCCGCUGCCCGUGAAUACGGUCCCACGGCCGGUAUCAAGCCCCUUCGUGCCGCUGUCGCCCGUCUAUACAAUGAACAUUAUCGCCAAGGCAAGGCCAGUCAGUAUACCUGGGAGAACGUGUGCAUCGUCCCCGGUGGUCGCGCGGGUUUGAUUCGAAUUGCCGCCAUCCUGGGCAAUUCCUACCUUUCCUUCCCCAUCCCCGAUUACUCGGCCUACUCGGAGAUGUUGACCCUAUUCAAGAACAUCGCUCCUAUCCCCAUUCCCCUCGCCCAGGAUGACCACUACCACAUCCACCCCGAUAAGAUCGCCGAGGAAAUCGCUCGUGGAACGUCGGUGUUGUUGACCUCCAACCCCCGAAACCCGACCGGUCACUUUGUUUCGCACGAGGAGCUGGCUCGGAUCCAAGACAUCUGCCGUGACCGUGCCACUCUGAUUCUGGAUGAGUUCUACGGAGGAUACAACUACACCACCGACUGUGACGGCACCACAAUCAGUGGUGCUUCCAACGUGGUGGAUGUCAACCAAGACGAUGUGCUUCUGAUUGACGGUCUCACCAAGCGUUUCCGUCUUCCGGGCUGGCGUAUCGCUUGGGUGGUUGGACCCAAGGAAUUCGUCAAUGCCCUGGGCUCCGCCGGGUCUUAUCUGGACGGCGGUGCCAACGCUCCCUUCCAAGAAGCCGCCAUCCCGAUGCUUGAGCCCUCUCUGGUCCACGCCGAGAUGAAGGCUCUGCAGCAGCAUUUCCGGGAGAAGCGUGACUUUGUCCUCCAGCGCCUGCAUGAGAUCGGAUUCCGCGUGCAGGACGUGCCGCAGGCUACGUUCUACAUCUGGCUGGAUCUGACCUCUCUGGACCCUCCUCUUCCUGAGGAGGCCAACAUCUCCGACGGAUUGAACUUCUUUAACGCCCUCCUCACCGAGAAGGUCAUCGUGGUGCCCGGAAUCUUCUUCGAUCUGAACCCGGCCAAGAGAAGAGACCUGUUUGACAGUCCCUGCCACCACUUUGUUCGCCUGAGUUACGGACCGAAGAUGGACGUGCUGAAGAUGGGUCUGGACGGUAUCGAGCGCGUGAUCCGUCGGGCUCGUGGUAUGGCCAAGCAGCAAUGGGAAGACGAGGUUGCCGUCCAGGACGAUUAG